UGUAUGUUAGAUUCCUACUAUUACUACAUUAAUAAACUAUUAAAAUCAAGAUUACAUUUCUUUUAUAUAGUAAAUUGCAUGCUUAUCAAUUGGGAUAAACUUCAGGUGUUUAGAAUUUUCUGCACUACGACACGAGUUAAAUUUUGAUUCUACAAUUACACAUGAUAUAUAAAAUGCUUGCAAGUCUGUAUCAUGGUGAUGAAGCUUUAGGUGGCAUUAUAUCAUUCACAAAUUACUUGGGGGGAUCUUCUUGAGGGUUUCCCAGGACUCUAAUUUCUGUUUUGAAGGAUUCGAAUCGAAUGUCCAGCCGAUGGAGAGGGAGUUCUCUGCUCAAAGCUUUUCGAGUAGUGCAGAUUCUGAUACAGAGAUCAGAAGUGAUUAUGAAGUUGAAUCAGGAAUUUAUAUGACAUCUUGUGCUGCAACAAUCUUAGUAGCUGCGCUUAUAUCACUUGGGGCUCUAAUGAUGACAGUGCUGAUAUCUUUAACUGUAAUGUUACAGUCAUGUCAAACUAAGAGUUCAGGAGCUCUUGAGAUGUGGAAUUCUGUAGAUUAUUAUCGUGAUUGCAAGAUUUAUGCUCUAAAUGCAGAACUCAACAGCUUGGAUGCACGAUCUAUUCCUUCAUUUUGCAAGGAUAUUGCAAUUAAGUACAUCAAACAAGGUGAAUACACGAGAGACCUAGAGACAACUGCUUUGCUGGUAGAGAAUUACUUGAACGAUAUCAGACCACUAGCAGAUGUUCUUGAUGCUGUGUUAAUGGACAUAGAUGACUUUGUUCCAUUACAUUCUCAUUAUUUCAGUCCUUCACUGCCCGGAUUCGCGGGAUAUAUCUACAAUGAUUAUGUUGAAGAGGCAAAACGACAGAAAAAACUUAUAUUUCUGCAACUUUAUAUGAAACUUCAAGGCGGUGGCUGGCCAUUGGUUCUGUUCUCUAGGAAGCCAGAAAAACUGCGGAGCACCGCCUUUGAGCAUCUCAUUUCAGCAGGAUGUGGUAACUGGUCUUCACUAGUAAUGAGAUCAGAGGAAGAAAUGCCAAUGCAUAUCCAAGAUUAUAUCUUCAGGCGAAGGAAUCUAUUGCAACAACAAGGCUUCCAUAUCAGGGCAGUAAUUAGCAGCAACAUGGAUGCUCUGACCAGCCCUGUUUCAGGAUCACGCAUUUUUAAGAUUCCAAAUCCUAUAUAUUUCAACAUAGAACACUAUGCAGGAAAACAUAGUAAAUCCUUCAAUUGGGAAGGAUACUAUUAUAGCAAAUGAUAUUUCUGGGGUUUAAACACAGUACAACAUCAGGGUGGGAGGGAUACUGCAUGGAAUGAUUCAUGUGUACAAAGGCUAAGCUGGAGGUCUUGCCCGCUGCUAAGGACUCGAUGUUAAAUUGAAAGACUCAUAGGAGCUUUGCAGGUCUACCUAAGUUCAGCGGCGUUGGAGCUUUGCACACCUACCUAAAUCACACUGAUGGUGAAUGCCUAUUCAUAUACUUGUAGCAUUUAGCAAAGCAAUUGUGCUGAUUACAGUUCCUGCUCACUCUAAACCUCAUACCCUGUAAUUAGUAAAAAUAAAUAAACCUCAUACCCUGUCGAUUAUUUUUUC